GGAAAUCCAUUUCUAAUUCUUCACUUUUCUGUUCCGGUCAAAAUGGCUUUACCAUCCAGCGAAGGUCUUCGAAAACGUAAAGAUUCUUUAUCCGAUGAAUUUGAUUCCGAUCUCGAUGACAACGAGAUGAAGGCCAUUGUUAGUGACAUCGAGCAAGACAAGCUUCAUGACGAAACCCCUGAUACCAGAUGGAUUCAAUUCAAAAACCAUCUGAAAAAUUGGGGAGAGACUGCAACAAUCCACGGCGUACCGCAUAUGGCACAAGCUCAUACAGUAAUUGCGAUCAUCGUUUGGAGUAUCAUUUUGAUUGUCAGUGCAGUUGCAUUUGUCUACAUGUUCUACUCAAUUGCAGCAUCUUAUCUUGCAUUUAAUGUAGUCGUAAACUUGAAUACUGGAUUGGAUUCUGAACCAUUUCCAUCUAUUACUUUCUGUAACACUAACCCAUACAAGUUGAGUGAAAUGGUCAAUGUUCCCGAAUUGAAUGCAUUACUCACUGUUUAUCAAGCAUCUGCUGAUGGUAGCUUAAGCUAAUUGUUUUGUAAUAAAACUGUUGAAUAAGAAAA